GAUGAACUGGAGCAAUGGAAGCUUGGAUGAAGGAAAGCAAGGCACCGGCAAUAGAGGAGACAGUAGGACUGUUCCAUGAAAUAAGGAACAGAGGCAUCCAAAUAUUUCUGGUUUCUUCAAGGAAGGAGACACUUCGACCGGCCACUGUGGACAACCUUAUCAAGGUUGGUUUUCAUGGAUGGACACGUCUCAUCCUAAGGGGGCUUGAGGAGGAAAUAAUGGAAGUGGGGAAGUACAAGUCAAGGGUGAGGCAACGGUUGGUGGAAGAAGAAGGGUAUCGCAUUUGGGGCAUCGUGGGAGAUCAGUGGAGCAGUUUUCAUGGCCGCCCUUCUGCUCACUCCACUUUCAAGCUCCCCAAUUCCAUUUACUAUUUAUCUUAUAUUAUAUUAUAUUAUAUUACUCCCCCCCCCCCCCCAACACUUUCUCCUUUUCUACUUCCGCCCCUUCCUUUCUCACUAGUUAAUUAUAUUACGUACCACACACGCCUCUCUUCCGCUAAAUCUCCUCAACCUUUCUGGCUCUCUUUUGAAUAUUAGGCUCCACAUCAUUGCUUUCUUUCA